AUCUUCAUCUGACAUUUGGAGCAUGUGUGAAUGAGGCGGUGGCGCGCGGAGCUGCCAUCCCUCAAACACCAGGGGAAAGCCAAGUGACACAGCAGUUCCCGAGAUGUGUUUUUAACUCGUCAGUCUCUUCACAGAGGAAUUGUCUAAUGUAAGUCCAGCCAUCAUGACAUCGGUUUGGAAGAGACUUCAGCGCGCUGGAAAAAGAGCGUCGAAGUUUCAGUUUGCCGCGUCCUUUCAAGAACUCACCGUAGAGUGCACUAAGAAGUGGCAGCCAGACAAACUGCGAGUUGUUUGGACCAGACGAAACAGACGCAUCUGCAGCAAGCUUCAUGGCUGGCAACCGGGCAUCAAGAACCCAUACAGGGGGACUGUGGUCUGGCAGGUUCCUGAGAGCGUGGACAUCACCGUCACUCUCUUUAAGGAUCCAAAUGCAGAUGAAUUUGAGGACAAAGACUGGACAUUUAUCAUAGAGAAUGAAACUAAGGGUCACAGAAAAGUUUUAGCGUCAGUGGAUGUGAACAUGAAGAAGUUUGCGAGCGCGACCCCGGCUCAGUUUGACCUGUCGCUUACACUAAAGCCUCUUUCUGUGAAAGUGCUGGAUGCCACACUCAAGCUCACCCUGUCCUGCGUCUUCCUGAAGGAGGGCAAAGCUACUGAUGAAGACAUGCAAAGUCUUGCGAGUCUGAUGAGUUUGAAGCAGUCGGACAUUGGAAACCUGGAUGACUUUAAUGAUAGUGAUGAAGAGGAGGACAGAAGACUGAGUGCAGCGGUGAAAAAUGCCACAGCAGUCAUAGCUCCUCUUCCUCCUGCUAGGAGAAUACACGACAAGGCCUGGAGACCUGUUGUAGACUCAGACACAGCUCAUUCUGAACCGGAUCGGAUGAGCUGUUCCUUCAUUACUCCUAACGCUCCUCUCCAGUACCGUCCUCUGUCUUUUGACCCUUCUGUUCUGCCUCUCGCCCCGUCCUGUUUCCAACCCCUCCAUGCGGCCACCAGUGUCCCACAGACACGACCGUCCCAGUACGCCUUUACUAUACCUGCAUUUGCACGUGCUCAUCCACCUGCACUACCCAAAAUCUUCCAGCCGCCGACGGGCUCAGUUGCUGUGUCUGUCACUCAAAGGCCACCUGGAGGUCUUGCUAACUCUGAAUUAACAGAGAGCAGUCGAUCUGCUGAAGGUGGUGUAUUUCCUCACCCACAGCCUCACUCUUUUCUUCCUGGGAUUAGUACACCCUUCUCUCUGUCCUCUUCUCAAUCCUCCUCAUCCCCUCAGCAGACUACACUACCUGAUGUACCCAAGAGAGCCAACUUUCCUGCUGCUCGUAGCAAGACCUGGAGACCACACAGCUUUCCCUCUUCAAGCUCCACCCCUUCUGCUUCUGACCCCUCCUCUUUUGAUUUUGGCCCCUCCCCUCAUGGUUCAAUGACUCUAGCUGGACCACAGCCCUCAAAAAUAUAUCGUGCCUCAUUGGCUGAGCCAGGCUCCGCCCUCACGAAACCUACAAGCAUGCCUUCUGCCACAGAGACAGCAUCUUGGCAGAAAGAGUGGAGAUCUCCAAAGCUGCGGCCUGCUCUGUGUCCCGCUCCAUCCACAUCCUCACAACAUACUAACCAGCAGCUUCACCCUGCACAAACACAUCCUCUAAUGCAUGCCCCCAUUCCCACACUCCCUUCAUCUCAGACCAUAGAGUUUUCCACUAUUACUCCAAAUCCUGGUCUAACAUCUCCCAGUGUCGCUCCCUCCUCUGAGAUCCUCAGCCCUGUUUCUGUCCCUCAAACACUGUCAUCUGCCAUCCUCACCCCUCCUCCAGCAUCAUUUGUUUCUGGCCCCAUUUCUCCUAGUUCUAGUUCUCCAUCUGCCCCUUUUCCCUGUGUUUCUGUUCUUCUGUCAUCUCCUCAUCCCGCUGUUUCUGAUGCUCCUUUGUGUCUCACUUCUGAUGUUGGUCCUGUGGUCAUCACUCCUGUUGUCUCCGAUACAGAGUCUGUCCCAGAGCCCCAGACGUCUGAAUGGAGACAUCAGGUUGUGCCCACAGUGGUUAUACCGAAUUCGCGCAGACCAAUAGCUCCUUGUCCUGUAGAUGCUCCUUCUUCUCGUUCCUCUUCCACUUCUUUAAUUCUUCCUUCACCCUCUUCCAUUCAUACCCAAACAUCUACCAUAACCUCCAUUUCCGUGCCUUCCUCCGAUUCACUCACAGAGAAACACAGACAGUUAAGUGUAUUAACAGAGGAGGAAUGUCCUAAUACAGUGAGUUCUGCUGAUGAGGUUGCAGAUACUAAAGCCAUACAUGUUCCUCAAAACCAUGAGCCUCACUCUCGCAGAUCCGGAGUCCUCAGUACAGCCAAUCAACGACCAAACAGCAUACUGGACAAACAGCGGCCUGCUUUUGAACUUGAGGUUGUACGACCUGCUAAAGGACCAGAGAGUAUGACCUCUCUGUUGGCCAGUGAUCAUACCUCAUCCACUGUCACUGAUAUCACAUAUUUCGAACUGCCAAAAUCAGAACUGUCCCAUAAAGAUAAAGUACCCAUUCAAGAAACCCUUGAAACCCUUGCCCUAGAACCUGCUGCAGCCCCUGCAUUCACCGCUCCAUUACCUGAGGUCCAGAUCAAUCAGUCAGAGAAUUCACAGAGCCCUGCUGAGCUGGACGUUUUACACUCGGCUGCACAUGAGCAGACAGAAGACGAGACAAUUCCUCAUAAAAACAAGCCAGAGCCAUGUCCAAGUAGCAUUCAUCUGGCAGAAAUACAAGAGCAAGAAGCCAAAGCAGAAUCUGUGCCACGGGUGCUCUCAAAUUCAGAAGUGUCCCCAUCAUAUCACACUGAUGAGGGCACCAAAAGCAUGGCCGCUUUGCUGCCCUCUUGCCCAAAAACAUCCCAUUCUCCUUGGUCACCAUCCAUUUUGGCUGAUGAAACAGCUGAGAAUCAAAUAACAGACGUUUUUAUAGAGGGUCUUCCUGUAAUGAACCAGGAAGUCAGUGCUUUACCCGUUGAUAAGAAAGUGCUUGCAGAUGAAGAGGCUUCAUCUGUUUCCAGCAUGCUAUAUCUUCUUCCAGCAUGUCCAAAAGCUACUUUUGUACCUGGGAUAGCAUCUAUAAGCUUUCAAGACACUGAGUGUCCUGCGGAUGAGUCUGUUAAGAUAUUGAAAGAGUAUAUCCAGAAAGAGAAACCAGAUGAAUUAAUUGAAGAUAUGGAUACCUCACUGUAUAAUCAAAGCACAGUGGAAAAUAUGAUAUCACUACAGUUAGCUUGUCCAAGAGCUACCUGCACUCCUGGAUUUCCAUCUUUGCCUUUCUGUAUGGCCAGCCUUCUACCAUUAUGUCCAGAUGUUUCUGAAAUUACAGGGUUUUCUUCAAGAUAUUCAAGCCUUUGCACAGAUGAACUCUGGCCUAAAGAGAAUGUAAUGUUUUGUUUUAGGAAAAAUAAGGAACAGAUUUUGCCAACAUCAUCAAUGAAGAUAGAUGAUGAAAUGACAAGAAAUAUGGUUGCACUUAGACCAUCUUGUUCAGCUUCACCUAAGAUUCCAGGAUUUCCAUCCGCUCCAAAAGCAGUUGUACCAAAUAUGGUCAGGAUUUCACAUUGUUGUCCAAAGGUUUCCAGUAUUGCUGGAUUUCCAUCUGCGAAGGUCCUUGCUGUUCAAAAUAUCAUUCAGCAGUGGCCAUCCAAUAUUGAAUCAUCUCUGAUAAUAGCACGGAAGAACCAGUCCAUUUUGCCACAAAUUGUAAAUGUAUCAAAAGAGGAUUGUUUAACUGGUAUGGUGAGCUUAGUGCCAUCUUGCCCAAGAAAAGCAAGGACUCCUUGCUUUCCAAGUUCACCAAAACGAGACAUCACAUUUACUAUGACAAAACUCCUACCUUCAUGUCCGUUGGCUUCUUGUGUCGCUGGAAUAUCAUCUAUACAAACUCUUACAAGCACAUUAGAUUCACUUCAGGAAUGGCCAAAUGACAUUAAACCAUUUUGGAUCAAGACAUUGGCCUCUCAGCAAUGUCGUUUUAUCAAUCCAUAUCCAGCUCAACAUGAAGUUACAGAAGACAAGUAUAUUUUCAACAAUAUGCUGUCAUUAUUACCAUCAUGCCCCAGAAAAGCAAGAAAUCCUGGAUUGCCUUCUGCACCGCGGCUCAUGCCUGACACACAAAUAACAUCUGGUGCUUUAUCAGCAUGUCCACAAACAUCUAAAACACCAGGCUUUUCCUCUUUAGUCCCAAGCAAGCUUGACAAGGCUUUGGUUAAUAUUUGGCCUUUUAAGGAGAACGAAUUUAUAGAGCAAAGGUGUUUGCCAGAGUACACAUUUGACAAGUUAAACAUUGCUUAUCAGGACGAAGAGAAUUUUAAAGGAAUGCAUGCUAUUUUGUCAAGUUGUCCAGUAAAAGCAAAGAUUCCUGGAUUUCCAUCUGCACCGAAGCCCAAAUUAAUACAUUAUCUUUUACCUUCAUGCCCAAGAAUCUCAAAUAUACCUGGGAUGGUAUCAAGCAUAAUACCUGAAGCAGAACUACAGUGGCCUGUAAAUGAAAUGCCAUUAUGCUUUAAACAACUAAGCAGAAAGUGGCAGUCUAUACAGUCUGUUCCACCUCAGUACAUGGAAAUAGACAAUAAAGAUAUGGUAUCUUUACGUCCAACUUGUGCAACCAGGGCUAAAGUGCCUGGAUUUCCAUCUUCCCCAAGACAAACAAUUGAGAAGGCAACACUAGAUAUGUUCUCGCUUAUGCCAUCUUGUCCUCAUUUGACAAAAUUGUUAGGUAUGCCAUCUAUUGACUUAAGAAAUGAAGCAAUGGUUUCAAGUGCAUGGCCUCAUGAUGCAAAUAAGCUGCAAAUAAGAACCUCAAAGGAUGACAUGAUAUUUUUAUCAUUAAGAAACUUGAAUCAGCCUGAUGAUGCCCACCUGAAUUUCCACAGAGACGACAUGACUAUGAUGAUGCCAUCCUGUGCAAAGCAAUCAAGUAUCCCUGGCUUUCCAUCCACAUAUUCAGAUUCUCCACAUAUGCUUUAUCAGACAAGUAAUACCCAAGCACGAACAGACAAUGUUGGCGAUAAACAAGAGACUCCAACUGUGCUUGAUCAAGCAGAUACUGAGAUGGACCUCUGCAGUGCAAAUGAGUCUGACAGUAUUUUGGCAUUUGAAAAGACCAAGGAGAAUGUGAGCUUUUUGGGAAGAAGUGAGGAAGGACAAAAGGGAAUUCUGGAGAGGGGGAAGAUGCAUUGCAGAAUGUGGCACUCCAUACCAGACAUGCCACUAUUACUGACUGUUGAGGAGAGACAUCAAAUCAUAAGUGAUUUUCCCUUUGAAAAUCAUGGGGACACUCUGGUUGGAAAAAUGGAUGUAGAUGAAGGUGUGUUAUGGGCAUCACUAGACAGACCAGAUCAAUUUGCUGGUGACAUAAAGAAAGAAAACAGGAAUACCAAAGAUGGCAGCAAUCAAGUCCCUUCAACGUCAGAAAAUCUGCCUGUAGUAGCACAUCAAGGGUAUAUACCAAACAUGGUAGACCUUUUUCCAUCAUGUCCACUGUUCUCAAGAGUUUUUGGAUGGCCCUCUACAGCACUGUCUAGCAUAUGCAAAACAGACAUAAUCAACUGGCCCUCUGAUUUGAGUGUAAUUUGGGAUGAGCAUCAUAAAUCAACAAAAAAUAUGUUGUUAAUGCCAUACUUGGAAAAAUCCCCCUGUGAGGGAAAUAUGGUGUCUCUGACAUGCACAUGUCCAAAUGAAGCAAGAAUUCCAGGCUUUCCAUCUGCUAAGAGACCCACAGAGGCCUCAUGUCCAUCUGGCCCAGAAACAUCCAUUAUUGUUGACACAUCUUCACUAACCCUAACUCCAGAGGAAAAACAACAUGAGGAGUUGCUGAGCAUGGAAACAUCAUUACUGGAAGACCUUUCUAAACCAAAGCCAGUUUUGGACAUUGACAGCUCGGUUGAGUAUUCAGAAGUUCCAUGCUCAAAACGUAUUCCUGAUUUCCAAUCUGCACCAAAAAGUAAAGAAAUAACUAUUCAGGCAUGUGAGGAACUAACACUUCAGUGGUCUACAAUUGUGGAGACUAAACUGAGGGGUGAUGAGACCUUCAUAUCUGAAUUAUCUUCACAAAUCCCAGAUUCAGUCCCUACAUCCCAAACAGAGCCAAAUAUGUUGGAGCUCCUUCCAUCCUGUCCGGUGCUUUCUAGAAUUUCUGGAUGUCCAUCUUUAAGGGUAAUUGAAGACAGGGAGUACAUCUGUAAUCAGUCAAUAAUAUUUAGCCAUUUAUUGAAAGAUAGGCAGACUGGCAUUUUUGAAUUUAGUAAGGAUAAACAUGACACAAAGAGUAUAGCUCUGGCCUCAACAUGCCCUCAAGCAUCAAGCAUUCCAGGCUUUCCAUCAAGACCGCACCUUAAAUCACAGAAGGAGCCAAACUUGAUAAACAUUUGUCCAUCUUGCCCAAAGAUUUCAAAUAUAGCUGGUUUUCCAAGCAUCCAGACCCCUAAGAUGCCCAACUGGCCUAUGAGUGAGAUCAUUUUAUGGUUAAAUACAUUAAAGGAACCACCUGUUGUUUUGGACAAGAUAUGCAUGAAAAGCAGCCAUCGAAUGUUUGCUUUGGCACCUACUUGUCCAUCAGUGGUCUGUGUUCCAGGUUUUCCAACUGCUCCUGAACCAAUAAUGCUAAGCAUGCUUCCCGCCUGCCCAGAGAAGUCUAAUGUUAUUGGAUUUUCUUCUAAAAGAGUGCAUUUAGAUUGGUCCAUUGACAAAAAAACAUUAUGUAAUAUGUCUUUUAAAAAGCAACCUGUUGUUCUUUUCGACAGAGUAGAAUGGUUUAACGAAUCAACUAAAAUGUUUGCAUUGGCUCCAACCUGUCCAUCAAAGGCAGCGAUACCAGGAUUCCCAUAUGCACCUAAGUGCAAAGCUACACUUCCUCCCAAUAUGAUUGAUCUUCAUUAUUGCCUUCCAAAGACAUCAAGAAUCAUGGGGUUUUCAUCAAGUGAGAGCAUAAACACAGGAGCAUGGUUUAAAGAAGAAACACCCAUGUUGGAGCAACCGCUGAAAACAAGAUCAGAACAGCUCAUUCAGUAUAAUUUAGCAACUCAAUAUGAAGAAAUAGACAAAAAUAUUUUGGAGAGGAUGUUUGCGCUAGUGCCCACCUGCCCGAGAGAAGCUUGCAUACUUGGUUUCCCAUCUCUACCUCAACCUAAAGUGCAGGGUUUCUAUCUCUGUAAAGAACCAGACAUAGUUAGCCUUUUGCAUUGUUGCCCAAAGUCUUCUCUAACCUUAGGUGUUCUUACAGCAAAACCUGUGCCCAUAGAAGAGUCUCAAGAAAGUAUAUGGUUUGCUCAGAAACCCAUAUGGGUUAAUCCUCUUAAAGAAAGACCAGUUAUGUCUAUAAGUUGUCCAGAAGAUAAUGAAAAUGAUUCAAAAAGCAUGUUCUUGCUUGCUUCAUCCUGCCCUAAGCAGUCCAGAAGUGAUGGUUUUCCAUGCUCAGAAAGCCUCAGAAAAGAAGGUACCUCAUUACUUUCCUCAGAGCCUUCAAUCUCUUCAAAUGAUGAAAUAGAUUUCAAUAAUCUGACCUCUAAGGAGCCAUGUUCCCCAGUUCACAUAGGACUUCCUGAUUUCCCACAUGCCGCUUAUGCAUUUUCUCCAAGUCCAACCCAAGAACAUACAAUAUCUGAAACCACAUUCCGACAAAACAUAGAAUCAGAAAGGAAACAAACCCCAGACGUAAUAGGAAAUGAUAAUUCUAAAGAAACAGGAUUUGUUCUUGAGAUGCCCUUGGCUGAAGGUAUUGAAAUCUAUCAGGAGAAGUGUUUUCUGGAAGAGCAACUUGUCGACGAGGGGACUCAUGAUGUUGCAGAACCAGGAGAGACAGCAAUAACAUUAGGGUGGGAGGUUUUGGAGGCAGAUGAUACUUCCACAGAAAAAGAAGGAUCUUCUGGUCUUGUCAAGACUUUAGUCAAUGUCUUUCACAGAGGUUAUGAGACAGUUGCUGCAAUAUUGCAGCCCUCUAGCUCUGGAUCAGUCACGGACACACUAGAUCCUCUCGACAAUCUUUCAUCCACUGUGGAUCCAGAAGGUGGCAGUUUUCCAAUGGCAAGUGCAUGUGACUAUUCACUAGAAGAGCUCAUACAGGCUGCAGAACCCGAGGUGUUCGAAUCUGCUGAACCCUACAUGUGGCGUUUGGUUGGUGGAUGUUCGGAAACAUCACUUUCUUCAAAAGAGACUGAAAGCUGGUUUGUUGACGAUGAAGCAUUUUGUCUAAUGAGGAAGUGGCCCCCCUUGACUGAGGCUGACCUUCAUGAGAUGAACAAAGUGGAGGAGGACAACACAUGUGUUGAGUCACUGAUACAAGAAGGUAUAUCUUCAGUUCUAGAGGAAGCUGGUAAUGAUGAGACUGUGACAGAAAGUAAAAUGUUUGAGAUAAUGAAGGAGAAGGUGUCAGCCACAAUAUCUCCAGAGGAGGGGCCCCAACGUCAUAUUGUGCAAGAAGUCCCUCUUUUCGUCCAACAAUCUAAAGAUGAAUUGCUGGAUGAAGAAUAUUUAUCCUUAUCAUCUUCAAUGUACCUUAAUAAUACACAGAAUGUCUCAGAACAGACUGCUGUUUCAGCUUUAGAACCUGUGCCACCAGCAAGGAGCAAGAAGCAAGACAUUCUGCAAGAGGCAUUGAUUGCUGAUCCAGCUAAGCCUAAUGAUCUGAGCAAUAAUUUCUGUGUCAUAUCACAAUCUGAUAAUGAUUCUCAGAGUUCACCACAUACUGUACAGCCAGGUACAGCCCUCACUGCCGUUUUUGCAGAUAAGAGUUCACCUUUAGAAACAGAUCACUCAGUUGAUGUACCUGUUUUAUUGGCACGGACCAAGAAAAACCAAAGUGCUUCUGUUCCUGAUGAUUCUGUUGAAGAAGCCUCUGUUGAAGAAGCACUCAAAAUUGAGAUUUGUUCACCAACAGCUAAAGAGAAGGUGAACCUCCUAGAAAUAAUAGUAUCAGAGCAUAUUAACAAUACUGAAAAUGUUCCCUUUUUGCCUACAAAGGACACAGUUACACAAUUAUGUGCUCCUCUGAGAAGGAAGAGUAAAGCUCAAACCAGCAAUGUUGAUGAAGCCAGAGGAGAGUCUGAAAUAAGGAGCACAAUGUCUUCUGUCUUUGCCAAUGUGUCUCAGUCUAAAGACACAAAAAAGACUGAAGCUGGAGAUGAAUUGAAGCUGAAAGACCAAGUGCAGCUGGAUAUGAAUGUUCCCUCUGAUGUGAAAAUGCAUAUCAAAUGUACUGAUCUUCCAGUCCCAAUGCAACGUAUGAAGAAGCGUCUCAGCGGUUCUUUUACAGAUGAUACUUCUUCCCCUUCUGAUGCAGAUUCAGAUAACAUUAGUCUUCAAACAGAAGACAAUGAGGACCAUGUACCUGUGCCAAUGCAACGGUCAAAAAAACGUCUCAGUGUUUCUUUCAAAGAAGAUCUUGCAAUACCUUCAUCCACUCCUCUGCCUCAAACAGGUUUAGAUGCUAUUGUGCUCCAAACAGAAGACCACCAAGAUUCAAGUCUUCCAGUUCCAGUGCCACGUGUAAAGAAACAUCUCAUUGACUCUUUCUCAGAAGAUCUUCCAGCCCCUUCAUCCACUCAUCCAUCUCAAGCAGAUCCGGAUAGCAUUAAACCCCAAACAGAAGACAAUCAAGAUUCAAGUCUGCCAGUCCCAAUACCACGUGCAAAGAAACGUCUCAGUGAUUCUUUUCCAGAUGAUCUUCCAACCCCUCCAUACACUCCUCUAUCUCAAGCAGAUGCAGACAACACUGCUUCUAAAAUAGAACAUCCUCAAGAUUCAAGUUUGCCAGUCCCAGUGCCAUGUGUAAAGACACAUCUCAGUGACUCUUUCUCAGAAGUCUUUCCAGCCCCUUCAUCCACCUAUCAAUUUCAAGCAGACCCUGAUAGCAUUGAACCCCAAACAGAAGACAAUCAGGAUUUAAGUCUGCCAGUUCCAGUGCCACGUGCAAAGAAACGCCUUAGUGGCUCUUUCGCAGAUGAUGUUCCAACCUCUUCAUCCGCACCUCUCUCUGAAGCAGAUCCAGAUAACAUUGCACCUCAAACAGAACAUCAUCCAGAUUCAUGUUCGCCAGUUCCAGUGCCAUGUGUAAAAAAAUGUCUUAGUGGGACUUUUCCAGGUGAUCUACCAGCCACUUCAUCCACUCAUCCAUCUCAAGCAGAUCCACAUAGCACUGCAACACAACCAGAAGACAAUCAGGAUUCAAAUCUGCCAGUUCCAGUUCCACGUGCAAAGAAACGUCUCAGUGAUUCUUUUGCAGAUGAUCUUCCAAGCCUUCCAUACACUCUUCCAUCUCAAGCAAAUCCAAAUAGCAUUAAACCUCAAACAGAAGAUAAUCAAGAUACAAGUCUGCCAAUCCCAGAGCCACGUGUAAAGAAACGUCUUAGUGGUACUUUCUCAGAUGACGUUACAACCCCUUCAUCCACCCCUCUGCCUGAAGCAGAUCCAGAUAGCACUGUAACCCAACCAAAAGACAAUCAGGAUUCAAAUCUGCCAGUUCCAGUACCACGUGCAAAGAAACGUCUCAGUGAUUCUUUUCCAGAUGAUCUUCUAAGCCUUCCAUACACUCCUCCAUCUCAAGCAAAUCCAGAUAGCAUUAGACCUCAAACAGAAGACAAUCAGGAUACAAGUCUGCCAAUACCAGAGCCACGUGUAAGAAAACGUCUUAGUGGUACUUUCUCAGAUGGCGUUACAACCCCUUCAUCCACCCCUCUGUCUGAAGCAGAUCCAGAUAGCACUUCAACCCAACCAGAAGACAACCAGGAUUCAAAUUUGCCAGUCCCAGUACCACGUGCAAAGAAACGUCUCAGUGAUUCAUUUCCAGAUGAUCUUCUAAGCCUUCCAUACACUCCUCCAUCUCAAGCAAAUCCAGAUAGCAUUAGACCUCAAACAGAAGACAAUCAGGAUACAAGUCUGCCAAUCCCAGAGCCACGUGUAAGAAAACGUCUUAGUGGUACUUUUUCAGAUGGCGUUACAACCCCUUCAUCCACCCCUCUGUCUGAAGCAGAUCCAGAUAGCACUUCAACCCAGCCAGAAGACAACCAGGAUUCAAAUCUGCCAGUCCCAGUACCGUGUGCAAAGAAACGUCUCAGUGAUUCAUUUCCAGAUUCUUUUCCAAUCCCUCCAUACACUCCUCCAUCUCAAGCAGGUCUAGAUAGCACUGCAACCCAACCAGAAGACAAUCAAGACUCAAGUCUGCCAGUCCUAGUGCCACGUGUAAAGAAACGUCUCAGUGGCUGUUUCUCAGAAAAUCUUACAGCCCCUUCAACCACUCCUCUGUCCGAAGCAGAUCCUGAUAAAAUUGCUCCCAAAGCAGAAUACUGUCAAGAUUCAAGUCUGCAAUUGACAAUGCCAGCUGUAAAGGGACUUCAAAGUGGCUCAAUUCCAGAUGAUACAAGUAUACCCAUGCCACUUCCUCAUUUCAAGAAUGACAAGGACUCUAAUGAAAACCUUUCAAGCUUACCUCAAGUUUCUCCCUCGAUCGUCUCAGAAGAAGCCAAGCUUACUUUCUUGGAAAGUAAAGAAUGUGCUGUUGAAGUUUCCACACAGUUGAGCACAGAAGCAGGGAUGGAGGAUUCAGCCACUCCUGAUAUAAUUGGUGAACAUAGUGAGGAUGAUGAGGGGAAGUAUCAAAUGAAAGAAAAAGAAAGUCAAAAAGAUCAAAGCAUUGAAGAAAAGAUGACUGCUGUAUAUUUUGGAGAUGAUGCUGUUGAUUUGAGCACUGUAGAUGACACAGGUGUUGUCUUAGAUGUUUCUAGACAAUCUGCAACAGAAGAUUCCCCAAGUGCUCCUGUGCCAAUGCCUCGCGUCAAGAAACGUUUAAGUGCCUCUUUCCCAGAAGACUCCAUUACCAGUUCCUCAUCAGACAACCAACGUGAGGUUUCAGAAAAGUCCCUUAAUGAGCCAACAGUGCCUGUUCGUAAUAAACGAAGAGCUGCAGGAGAUGCCAUGGACCUCCAGGAACCUUCCACAGCCCACACAUCACCAACCAGUGAAACAGAGAUUGCGACCUUGGUGAAUUCAAGUCAGUCUCUGUUGGAAUGGUGCCAAAAAGUCACACAAGGUUACAAGGGUGUGCGGAUCACAAACUUCAGCACCUCGUGGAGAAACGGCCUUGCUUUCUGUGCCAUCCUGCAUCACUUCCAGCCAGAUAAACUGAAUUAUGAAAUGCUAGAUCCAUAUGACAUUAAACGUAACAACAAGAAGGCAUUUGAUGGCUUUGCUGAACUGGGCAUCUCCCGCCUGAUCGAGUCCUCUGACAUGGUGCUGCUGGCAGUGCCCGACAGGCUCAUCGUGAUGACGUAUCUCAACCAGAUCCGCACUUAUUUCACAGGCCAGGAGCUUAGUGUCAUACAUAUCGAGAAGAACAGCAGCGAGUCCAGUUACGCCGUCGGUGAAAAGAGGGAGGAAGCCGAUCCCGAAGCCGCUGUUCGCUACUGUGCCGAAAGACUCCAGAGCAGCGGCAUCACUCUAGAAACCAAUGGAAAUGCUCCAGAACGGGAAGCUAAAGCAGGUGCUGCUGCUUUGGUGGCUCCUCCAAGAACCAAGCGAGCGCAAUUCUCGAACCAGGCUGGAGGAUCAGGGGCCGCUCAGCCUCCAGUGGCUCCACCCAGAACUCACACCUCAAAGGCCUUUUCACAUAUCAAGGAUGCAGAUCUUGUAAAGAGACGGAGAUCGAAGCUGCGGGGAGAGUCUCUGGAUGAGCCUGAGCCACACAAACAGCAGAGCAGUGCUGAGGCUGCAUCAGUCCAAGCAGAAACUGAAGCAGCCAGAGGAAGUUCGGAAUCACAAAACGAGGAGAUUGUUGACGAGGCCCCUGCUGGAGAGAACCAGGAUGUCAGUCAGUAUGUGCUCAGUGAGAUGCAGGCUCUAGAGGCUGAACAGAGGCAGAUUGAUCGCAGAGCAGACACUGUGGAGAAGAAACUGAGGAGAAUUAUGGAGUCUGGUGUUGAUCGUGUGGAAGAGGAGGCUCUCAUUCAGGAGUGGUUUACGUUAGUCAACAAGAAGAACGCUUUAAUCAGGAGACAAGACCAUCUACAGUUACUACAAGAAGAGCAGGAUCUGGAAAGGAGGUUCGAGCUGCUGAAGAAAGAGCUGCAAGAUCUGAUGGCAGUGGAAGAAUGGAAGAAAACACAGGCUCAUAAAACCAGAGAGCAGCUGUUGUUGCAGGAACUGGUGUCUUUAGUCAACCAGAGGGAUGAGCUUGUGCAUGACAUGGAUGCCAAAGAGAGAGGGGCCGUCGAAGAGGACGAGAGGUUGGAGAGAGGUCUAGAAAUGAGGCGUAGGAAGUAUGGAAGUCGAAAAGAGAAGUGUGUGUUACAGUGAGGCAUGGACCGGACCGUCUUUUCACACACUGUUGAUGGACUGAUGAGGUGUGUUUGUCUGGACCAUAUCACAAAAAAAGAAAAGACAAGGAAAUAAUGACUAGAUGAAUCCUCACGGUGAAGAGUUUGAGCAGCACGAAAGCUUGAAAGAUUAAGAGGUGUUUCCUUUUAGAGGCAUUUUAGUCUCAGAGUACAUUGUUGUGAGAUGGUCUACAGUCUUCUUACAGCAGUUCUCGUUUUACGUUUAAACAAUAUACUUGUGGCCUUUGCAGUGUUAUUUACUUGAUUAUUUAACAUGUUUGUAUACAUCAGUUGCUGCAGUGAUUUUAAGUGCUAUAUGGAAAAUAAUAUGGGUUUGGAGGUAGUUUUGGAAAGAUACUGUUCUGUUACAGGAUUAUUUUGUUCUGCAAGUCUUAUGUGUUGCUAAGCUAAAACCCAGACAAAACCUAAAUGUCCAACAGUGCAGAAGCAAGACACUAAAUUUCUCAAUUGCAACGUAGAAAUCUGAUAUAUGGCAAUAUAUGCAAAUGACAUACAGAAAAACCCGAAAUUAUUCAUAUGCCUGACAAAUUCUGACUUAAAGUUACUUUUAUUCGACCAGCAAGUUUUAUUUAUUUAUUUUUUUGUACAGGAAGUUACCCAAAAGACAAUAAGACGAUGUACAAGAGGCAUCACUAGCUAUGUUUCCAUUCAAAAAUGCAAAUUAAAUUAAUGCACUAAACUGAAAUAUCAAAUAUAAAAAUGGAAUUGGAGAAGCUGCAUAAUUUUUUUCUUUAUUUAGUAAGUUACUUGCAUCUCAGAAGACAAUGCUGACACACAAUGAACGUGUGGUGGUGUUUGAAGGUGUGAGACACAGAGCACAGACGCUGUUGGCUAUUCUUGAGGUCAUUAAUAAUAUAAUAUAAUAAUAUAAUAACACUAAUACUGAAAUGUUUAAGGCAUUUUAGACUGACUAAAACAACAUUACAGAUCUUUUACAGUGUUGUCAGUCUCCAUUCACACACAUUUUUACCAUCACAUAAUCUGUUAUAACAAAAUCUCAUGCCUUUUUUUAAUGCACAUACUGGAAUUUGUUCGGUAAAAGUGUUUCCAUCGCAGUUUAUGCGCAUCUUUUCUUAUCGAAUAAAAGGUUUUCCUACUCAGUUAUGCGCAUACAUUUUUCAUGCACAUUUUCAACAUUUAUGCGCAUCUUCUGUGUUUUAAAAUAGGUGGAUGGAAACAUAUCUAUUGUGGAAAAAAUAUGUCUCAGCUUUUAUUUACAUUUGAACAAAAACAGUCAGAAUUUUCCUGGGGUUUGAAUCAUUUCAGCCUUUACUGUAUAUGACAUGCAAGUUCAUAUUGGAUACAUAUUCACAUACACACACACACACACAUAUAUAUUAUAUUAUGUCAUAUACACAACACAUAUUUCAAAAUAUUGCAAAAAAGGCCACUUGCCACUUACAUACAGUAUACUGUAUAUUUCUUCAAUGUAAUUUCUUCCGUCGAUGUACCGGUCAGUUGUGGUAAAGAAGGAGCUGAGCCGAAAGUUUCUACUCUCUAGAUCUACGUUUCUACUCUCACCUAUGGUCAUGAGCUUUGGACCAUGACCGAAAGGACAAGAUCUCUGAUACAAGCAGCCGAAAUAAGUUCCCUUAGAAGGGUGGCAGGGCACACUCUAAUGGAUAGGGUGAGGGAGGACACUCGGGAGGAGCUCGGAGUAAAGCCGCUGCUUUUCCACAUCAAGAGAAGUCAGCUGAGGUGGCUCGGGCAUCUGUUUCAGAUGCCUCCAGGAUGCCUACCUAGGGAGGUGUUCCAGGCAUGUCCCACUGGGAGGAGGCAUCGGGGAAGACCCAGGACACACUGGAGGGAGUAUGUCUCGCGGCUGGCCUGGAAACACCCCCUGGAGGAGCUGGAGGAAGUGUCUGGGGAGAGGGAAGUCUGGGGUUCUCUCCUAAGACUGCUGCCCCCGCAACCCGGCUCAGGAAAAGCGGCAGAAAAUGAAUGAACGAAUGAAUGAAUGGAGGUACAAAUAUGUACAUACUGUAUAUGUUCAAGUACAUUAAUUAUAAUUUGAUAUACCGUUGAGGUCAGAAUUAUUAGCCCCUCUGUUUAAUCUUUUUACCCAAUUUCUAUUUAAUGGAGAGAUUUUUUUCAACACAUUUCUAACAUAAUAGUUUUAAUAACUCAUUUCUAAUAACUGAUUUAUUUUAUCUUUGCCAUGAUGACAGUAAAUAAUAUUUGACUAGAUAUUUUUCAAGACACUAUACAGCUUAAAGGGUUGUUUAAAGACCUAACUAGGUUAAUUAGGUUAACUAGACAGGUUAGGGUAAUUAAGCAAGUUAUUGUAUAAUGAUGAUUUGUUCUGUAGACUAUCAAAAAAUAUAUAGCUUAAGGGGGCUAAUAAUAUUGAUCUUAAAAGGGUUUUUAAAAAAUUAAAAAAACUGCUUUUAUUCUAGCCAAAAUAAAACAAAUAAAACUUUCUCCAGAAGAAAAAAUAUUAUCAGACAUACUGUGAAAAUUUCCUUGCUCUGUUGAACAUAAUUUGGGAAAUAUUUAAAAAAGAAAACAAAAUUCAAAGGGCGGCCAAUAAUUCUGACUUCAACUUUAUAUGUGUAUGAUAUACUUUUUACUUUUUAUAAUUUAGUUCAUCUUGAGAAAGUCUUAUUUCUUUUUGUUUGGCUGGAAUAAAACCAGUUUUUAUUAUUUUUUAUAACAACUUUAAGGUCAAUAUGAUUAACCCCCCUUUUUUGAUUGGCUACAUAACAAACCACUGUUAUCAAUAACAAGCCAAUAACUUGCCUUAUUUUCCUAACUUGCCUAAUUACAAUAAUAACCUAGUUUUAAAUAGUUUUUAAAUGUCACUUUAAGCUCAAUACUAGUGUCUUGCAAAGUAAUGCACUGUCACCUUGGCAAAGACUAAAUAAAUUUUUUACUAGAAAUCAGUUAUUAAAGGGCACCUAUGGUGAAAAAUUGACUUUUCAAGCUGUUUGGACAGACAUAUGUGCAUGUAUGGUGUAGAGACCGUCAUAUUGGGGUGAUAUAAACACAAAAAUAAAUUUUCAAUUUAGCAACAUAAAAACAGUGGACCAAUUGGAGCGGUUUUCAGAUCGACCGCAACUUUACGUAGGAGUGCGGUCCCCUGCCCACCGAUUUGAUUGGUAGCUGCGCGUAUUAACAUGUCCCGAUAGUCACGUGUGUAAUCAUCUCAACAAGACCAAACGUGCGCAAAGCAACCUGGAAUAAAAGGUCUGUUCAGUUCGCUAGGGGGAUCAAUCAUCAUCAAAUGUGAUCAAGAGUGAGUUUCACAUGUUUAAAAUGUUUUAAAACAGUGCAUGUGUGUAAUGAAGUACAGUGAUUCACUUCAGAUUUACUUCAUCAGCACAGCCGCGUCUCAGAACAAUUAUAAAAAAAGACGCUUCAAUGCCGGUUUGUGGAUGUUGAAUCAGGUUUAUUUUGUACAUUAACAUAACAGAUAUCCAUACAGCAGAGAAGAUUAACCUGUAUCAUGUCACAUAUGCGUGCAAAAAGAGUGCAAAGUUAAACGGGCUCUGUCUGUCUCUGUGUCUGUGUGUGUGUGUGUCUGUGUGUGUGUGUGUGUGUGCGCGUGUGUGUGUGUGUGUGUGUGUGUGUGUGUGUGUGUGUGUGUGUGUGUGUGUGUCUGCCUCUGCCUGCUGCAGUGUGUGUGUGUGUGCGUGUAUCUGUGUGUGACUCAUCGAUGCAACUGCACAACAAAUACUCAUUGGUAAAGUUCUUACUGGAGUAUUUCUCACAAACACUGUCUGUCUGUUUUCUGACGCAGCCGAGGGAGGAGAUUAAGGAACGCAGAAUGGCACGUAGAAAUGGUGGGCGGGGAGGACUAGCCCUAAAGGAGCAGUACACCAAAACCGGCACCCAGUGCAAAAAUGUAUAAAUAGGACUUUAAUGAAAGGUAUAAUAAAAAAUCUGAUGGGUGUUUUGAGCUGAAACUUUACAGACACAUUCUGGAGACACAAAAGACAUAUUAAAUCUGAAAAAAGGGCUAACCUAGGUGCCCUUUAAAACUCAUUUAUUCAUUUUCUUUUCGGCUUAGUCCCUUUAUUAAUCUAGGGUUGCCACAGCCAACUUAUCCAGCAUGUUUUUACGCAGCGGAUGCCCUUCCAGCCGCAACCCAUCUCUGGGAAACAUCCACACACACUCAUACACUACGGACAAUUUAGCCUACCCAAUUCAACUGUGUGGAGUCUGGGCUUUCACUGCCUUUCUACACCUUCCUUUCUUUAUAUAUUCAAUACUUUUUCCCUGCGUCAUUUCAUUUUAAUACACACAACUUCAUUUGUAAACUAAUUAGAUUUGUAUUCUUUGUAUAUAUGAAUAUAUUUGGUUGUUCUCAAGUCUCAAGUCAAUGACACCUUUAGAAAUAUGUUUUCUGAGUAAAUUGGUGAUGUGUUCAAUACUCAAAUAACAACUUAAAUAACAUCCAAAUAUGAACUUAUAUGUCAUGUGCAUAUACUUCCACCUAUCUGAUUUCUGUUUGGUUUAAAGCACUCUUUUAUUUAGGUACACACAAUGACCCCUCGCAAAAUAUUUGACUCCUUUUAGAGCAAAGACAUGAAGUGCAUGAAGUUUGAAUGUUAGGAUUUGGCUUUAAAAUGAAUGCUUGAACGUUUAUAUAUAAAUACAACUAUAUAUUAUAUAACUAUAUAAUGAUAUGAUAAUAAUAGUAUGUUCUGUAAACUACAGAUGACAUUUCUUCCCAAUUUUAAAUAAAACCCAUGUCAUUUAGUGCAUAAAAUGACAAGUGGCCAGAAAAAAAGUUUAUAUUUAUUUGUAAUCAACACAGUACAAUAUUUUAGCUUCAGAAGUGUUAUGAAAGCAAUAUUUGGAGGAAAAAAAAUAUUUUCAAUAACAACAAUUGUCACUUUCAGCAAUAUGGUGCUCUAAAUUACAAUGUUUUAAUUCUGAAUUUGGAUCAACUUUUAUUAGACCUUUAUAGAAUAAAAAAUAUAAAAACAGACCGAAUAAAUCUGGAGAAACAAAAAGCUAAAUUCGAGUUGUCUCAACUUAAUUUCUAUAACUGUACAUGUAUAAUAAUGGUACAGAAUGCAGAAGCAGUUUUACAGCUGUGAUUUAUUGACUCUUUGCAUUAAUAUUGUUUUUAGCCCUGUUUACAAUGUUUGAAAUUAGAUUUGUAUUUGACAUUAUUUGUGUUGGGUUGCACAGCAGUGAAUUGUUUGAUAUCAGCUAAAAAUCUGACUUGUCUUUUGGAAAUAAAGUCAUUUUAAAAUUGUG